CACUCUGUCGGAACAUGCCUGCAGAAGUGGUGAGUCAGAAAAGAAGUUAAUACAUAAGAAAACGUCCAUGCGUCUGUUGCCCAGUUGCACUGUGUAGUAUAUAACCUGCACACCUGGACCCGGGUUACAGCUGUGUAAGAAAAAACUUUGUGUGUGUGUAUUAACGGUGUAGAGAAGGCUAUUAAGGGAUCCACCUUAAAUUGAAAGAUUGUUGUUCAGACAAGCUGAAAGAUAACAUGGGAUGGAGAAUCUAACCACAACAAAGAUUGUCAAGUCUGGGGGAGCAGCUGGAGGGAGUGGCAAAGUGACCACGGAAACGGUAACCACGACAACCAGGUUGACAUCACUGCCACCAAAGAGCGUGAGUGUCUCUUCCAGUCAACGGACGGCAUCUGGCAGCGGCUCAGCUGCAGCUGCAGGUGUCCUGUCUCUGAGCGGAGGCCUCUCCGGGGACAGCAGCUCAGUGUUCACCUCCAGCAGCGGAUCCACCUCCACCUCUUACGCGGCUGGAGGCGGCGGUGGUGGAGGUAGUGGUGGAGGGGGUGGCGGAGGUGUCGGAGGUGGUUACCAAUCUGGCAAAGGUUCUGGAAACUUGACCGUCACUUCCCUGGGCGCUUCCUCCACCGGCAAUGCCUCGGGCGGACGGAGCUCCUCGCUCUCCCGCGGCUCUGAUUCAGAGUUUGUGAUCGGCAUGACUGGAGGAAGUGGAGGAGGAGGAGGAGGAGGAGGAGGAGGUGGUGGAGGAGGAGGCGGCGCUGUCUCUAGCGUGACCAAGACCAGCUACAGCUCGGGAGGGUCCGGAGGGGCACGGCUUGGGUCCACCUCCUCGUCCUCCAAGCCGAUGUACUCGCCUGUCACAGAGAGGAAGACCAUGAGCAUGACGAAGACCUCCCGCUCCGGCACUUACGACGGAAGUUCCAGUGGGAACUCAUCCCCUGAAUACACCAGGAGAGAAUAUGGCUCUUUAAAUCCUACCACAAGAGGACGGACGGAGAGCAGAGAGAGUGAGAUCAGAGCCAGACUCCAGAGUGCUUCUCCUUCCACCAGAUGGACGGAGCUGGGCGACGUGAAGCGUCUCCUGAGGGGCAGCCGCUCCGGCAGUGUCAGCCCCACCCGCUCCCCCACCAGCACGCUGCCCAUCCCCACCAAGGCCAGCGUGGACAGCCGGACCCUGUCCGACAGCUCCCAGGGCACUGCAGGCCAGUACGAAAGCGUUUGGACCGGCGGUGUGAACAGUGUUGGUAGCUAUGGUUACAGCACCAACGCAAACAACCUGUCUCCGGUGGGCGCGCUCCGUCUGACGGACACCGGGCUGCAGAGGAACCUGACCCAGAGCUCUCCCCCCGUCAGUCUUGGAAUGGCGGCCUCCACCACCUCUGGUCCGCUGUACGGGGUCCAGAAUAACCUGGUCAGCACAAGUAGCACGGGCUACACUGCAAACGGCAUCCAUCCACAUGCAGGUUACGGAGUACAGAAAAAUGUCAGCACUUCUGGAUAUAGCACAGUUGCAAUGGCACCCAGCAGUCCCACCAGCGACGAUGUCUUCUCCAAGGACUUCCGGUUCACUACCCUGGAAAAGGACAACGCUCCAAUCAAGAAGGAGACAGAGCGACUGGUGAUGACCAAGGACACCGGCAAGAUGUUCAGCUCCAAUCCCACCUCCACCUCUGGCUCGUACGCAGAGGACUCGCUGAAGAGAGAGAAGAAGAAGAUGUCGUCCAUCUCACUGGAGGCAGGAGGAGCUCAUGCUAACGGAACUGCUCAGAUUUACACCAAAGACAAGGCGACAUAUGCAGAGAUCCAGAAGGACGAGUCGGGCCUGGGAGCCGGGUUCAACUCCUGCUGCAGCUGGUGGAAGUGGCUGCUGGGACUCCUGUUGGGCCUGCUGCUGCUGUUGGGCCUGCUGUUCGGACUCAUCGCCCUGGCGGAGAAGUUCAAGCGUCUGGAGGACCGCGUGGAGACGCUGGAGAAGGUCGUGGGCGGCGGCACGGCCAGCACCAGCCGCCUCUCCUCCGUCAACAUCAUCGACCCCCUGGAGUCGUCCUACGUGCAGAAGAAGACCUUCGCCGGCACCGCCCAGUCGCGCUCCGGCAACGGGAUCGACCUGGGGGCCUCGGGGCCCGGGGCCGGCGGCGGUGGCGGCGGCGGCGGCGGCCUGGGGGUCGGCGGGGCCCUGGGGGCCGCUGGAGGGGGCCCCGCAUCCGGAGCCGUGGACAGCGCCGCCCUGCAGAGAGCCGUGGAGCAGCUGGUCCGGGCGGAGCUCCGCUCGGACACCCUGAGAGAAUCCCUGACGUACUCGAUGAAAGGAGCCAGAGGCGAUCCCGGAACUAAAGGCGAUCAUGGGAUGCAAGGAGGGAAAGGUGACACUGGCUUUGCCGGCAUACCAGGCCCUCCUGGUCAAAUGGGCCACCCUGGACUGGAGGGACCACGCGGAUCCAAAGGAAGCGCUGGUGAACCUGGCGCUGAGGGCCCCAUGGGCCCGAGAGGCCGCGAGGGCCCCGCCGGCCCCCGAGGAGGAGUGGGGGCCCCUGGCUUCGGGGAAAAGGGAGAGAAAGGACUGCCAGGUCUUCUGGGAAGCCAUGGUCCUGCUGGCAUUCCCGGACUCUCUGGGCCAAAGGGUGAUGUCGGCCCGCAGGGCAAUUUAGGAACCCCUGGAACUCCUGGACCUCAAGGCUUCCGUGGAGAGGCAGGGGCUCCGGGACCCAAAGGCGACCGUGGGACAACGGGGCCCCAGGGAAACAAGGGCGAACAGGGGGAGAAGGGCCCUCGCGGCUCUGCAGGUGAAGGUGGACCAGCUGGACCACGAGGCCCGGCUGGAGAUAAGGGUCCUAAAGGGCCAAUGGGUGAACACGGCUCUGAUGGUGAAAAGGGGGCUAGAGGUGAGCAAGGUUCGGUCGGGUUGCCAGGUUUGAGAGGACCGUCCGGACCUGGUGGCGAUGCCGGCGUCCCAGGCAAUACGGGACUACAAGGACCACCAGGUAUUGCUGGCAACCCAGGAGUACCUGGAGCUAAAGGUGAAACAGGAGAACCUGGCAAAAUCCUCAGUGCAGCCGGAUCCAACACCGUGGGAAUCCCCGGGCCACCAGGUCCUUCUGGGCCCCCAGGAACAGCGGGACCCCCUGGGCUGUCGGGCCCCAUCGGCCCCGCGGGUCUCCCUGGCCAAUCCGGACCCAAGGGAGAGCAGGGAGAGCCGGGUGAGAGGGGAGGCAGGGGCGAGGCGGGGAGGCCUGGCGAGCCUGGAAUCAGUGCCAGGACAUCGGAGACCGUCAGCUCCCCCCGGACCAGGCAGUCCUCAGUCUCUGGCCCCCCUGGGCCCCCCGGACCCCCUGGGAUCCCAGGCCAGCCCGGUCCACAGGGCUAUGCCGCUGAAAGCAUUCCGGGUGCACCAGGACCAGCCGGACCGGCAGGUCCGGCUGGGAAGGCCGGUAGUCCAGGUUUCGGUCAUCCCGGACCCAAAGGAGAGCCGGGGGAGCCGGGCAGCUUCGUCCCCACCUCAGAAACCUUCUUCGCUGGACCUCCCGGACCCGCUGGACCCCGCGGGCCUAAAGGAUCCGCUGGCGAGAGAGGACUGCAGGGUUACCAAGGGGACCCAGGCCAGCCAGGGCUACCAGGCAGCCCAGGGGAUGCGAACGGCGGUGGUCUCGGGUUCCCCGGCCAGCCCGGUCUCAUGGGCCCUCCCGGACCUGCUGGGUUCCCGGGACCUAAAGGUGAGGACGGGAUCCCGGGAGCUCCCGGAGCGCCAGGCGUUUCCAGCGGGGCGGUGGCCGCGGGUCUCCAGCAGGGCAUCCCCGGGCCCCCCGGCCCCCCAGGCCAGCCUGGGAGGGACGGGCAGGGCUCUGGGUCCGUGGACGUGGGCCCGUAUGUUGCAGACUACCUGCAGCGCGGUGACCUUCUGCGUUAUCUACCGGCUGGCCCUCCCGGCCCACCGGGGCCCCCUGGUGGCGACUCGGUGAACGACAUCGCCAGCAUGGUCAUCUCCUACAUCCAGAACCAGGGCUUCGGCUCCGGGGUCGCUGGCCCCCCCGGCCCUCCUGGGUCCAUCUCUGUCAAUGACAUCAUCAACCUGCUGCAACAGGAGGAGGUGCGGAGGUACGUGUCCGGGCCCGCCGGCCCCCCAGGGGUCCCAGGGGUCCCAGGGGUCCCAGGGUCCACUGGGGCCCCAGGCCACGGGGGCUACGGAUACAACCCCCAGGAGCUGGCUCAGCAGGUCUACACCAUGAUGUCUGAGAACGGGCUGGCCGGCGUUCCAGGACCACCGGGACCCCCUGGCGCUCCCGGUAUUCCCGGAGACCUGUCUCUGGUGCAGAACGCUGGGUUCCUGGGUACGGCUGGCCCCCAGGGGCAUCGCGGGGAGCCCGGUCCCCCGGGCCUCCCGGGGCCCUCCGCCGCCCCGUGCACACACGAGACCCACGCCGCUUCCUACCCCGGCGGCCCCAUGUACGGCCUGGAGCAGAUCCAGGACUACCUCCAGAAUGUAGGCUUGAGGGGCUUCCCGGGCCCGCCUGGCUCUCCCGGCCCCAUGGGGCCCCCCGGGCCUGAGGGCCCCCCCGGUACUGUCAGGGGCCUGGUGGCCUACGCAGAACACACGGAGAACAACAGGGAGAUGCUGCCCAGAGAGGCAGAGUACGCCAGAGACGACCCUAUGAGGCGGCUCGCCAUGCACGGGCCCCCCGGCCCCCCGGGGCCCCCUGGACCCCAGGGCUACAAGGGAGAGCGUGGUGAGCCGGCCCCCAGGGCCCCUCACGACCACCGGACCAGCCAGGGACGCACGCUGGCGGACAGCGGGGACUACUCUGACAUCGCCGCCAGAGUGACCGACUACAUCCAGUCCCGCGGCCUUCUGGCGGACAUGGUGAGGGGCCGCUCGGACCGCGUCGUUCAGGGGCCCCCCGGACCCCCCGGGCCCCAGGGCCCCGUGGGCCCUGCGGGGUCCAGCCGCUGGGUCGGCUCCCCGAGGAACGCCACCGACCUGGUGGAGUACAUCCGAGCUCACGGCCUUCUGCGAGACGCCACGAGGGACCGGUCCGACCGGGUGGUCCACGGGCCCCCAGGCCCCGCGGGACCCCCGGGCCAACCGGGGCACAGCCGCUUGGUGGGCUCCCACGAGAACGCCACCGACCUGGUGGAAUACAUACGAUCUCACGGCCUGCUACGAGACACAGUGAGGGAGUACACCGAUCGCAUUGUCCAAGGGCCCCCGGGGGCUCCUGGAGAGCCCGGUCAGCCCGGGUACAGCCAGCACCUCGGCCCCGACGGCAGCGUCACCAACUUGGUGGAACACAUCAAAGCGCACGGAGCAUUCACCGGACCCCCUGGGUAUCCUGGGGUCAAAGGUGACAGAGGAUACACAGGUCAAAAAGGAGAGAGAGGUGAACAAGUUUAUCCCGAUCCAUGGAGGGGAGAUAAAGUAGAGAGCCACCUCAGGACUUCCAGAAGAAGGAGACACGUGGCCGCCUGAGGAGUCUGGACGUCGGCAGUAGGCGUGGGAGUUUUAGUGUGAAACCUUGCUGAGUUUGGGGUUUCUGACGGUGGUCCUGGCCUUUCUAACGGGACUAUGGGGAACACACAGUGGUGUGUAUAUGUAGACACCGCCCGCAGGGGUCUGGGACCAGUGGUGUUGAGUUGAGGCCUGCUCACCGGUUUAAUUAACUAAUUGUAAAGUGGGGCAUUCAUGGGUUUAUGUUUUCAUACGUCAGUAUUUCUACUGUUUCUACUUAUGUUUGUUUUCGUCAUUUAUGAAUUUUAGCAGAGGUUUUGUAUUAGCAUCUAGGGUUGAAUCGACAUGCAUUAGAAAUGUAACUUUAUAAAAUAGGUCGGAUUUUGUCAGGACAACUUUGGUCGACUGAACAUGUAUAAACUAUGAAACCAAAAGACCAUACAAACAUUACCAGCAUAAAGAACAUUGUUUAUUUACAGUACAGAUGUUGAAGCUACAUUACACAGGCAUUGCUAAUAGCUAUGAACUCAUUUUAUAAAAUACAUCAUCAUUUACACAUGGAUGUUUAAUUAAUCAACGUACAUACAUACAUAAUGGAAAUAUAUCUCAGUGAAACCAAGCAAUAUUACAGUUGAUUUUACUGAUCAUUUUGACAAUGAAUUGUGCAACAAAAACUGUAAGAUCAGCACAAGCUUAAGCCGAGAGCUUGUUUAUAAAUAGCUACUGUCUGGUAAGUGACAAGGUUCACAACACUCAUGCUUUAGGAUAUGUCUGUGGAUAGCAGCCUAUUAUAGCGGCCUUCAUUGAUUGAUACAUCAAACAGCCAAUCACCAAGAUGUGUUAUUCUGAAAUUAACCAAUGGGAAGUUAGGUUUACCCAAACAGGUCCAGAGCAUUUCAAAAGCUUCCUUGACUACCACAUCAAAUAUGUCACUGCACUUAAGAGUACAUAAAAGUAUUAGAUGAAACCGUUAGUCAAGUAACGGUGAGUAGCAUAUUCUCUUACUGAGCUGGCACUGAAACUAGCCUAUUCACAAUUACUAAGAACUAUACUAUACUAACUACAGUAUAGUCUUUCUGAAGUAGUAAGACUAUUAGCUACACUAUAGUAAUUACAAUGACCCAUUUUUUUUUUUUCAAAGAGUGAAUCAAGACCGAGGCAGACGAUCAUGAAUAUCAACAGCACGUAUAAAUAAAUAAAUGCCAAAGCAGAAAUAAGCUUUGGUUUUCUGUCA